UAUAACUCCCCUUCCCCUCCCCUCUCCUCCCUGUAACUCCUCUACCUUCCACCACCACAACUACCACCAUCUACCGCCAUGCCUGAAGCUCCGAAAAUCCCACAUGGAAACUCCAUGGACGAUUACACUCUUACAGAAAAGAACAAAAAAACUCUUGAGUUCAUCGAAGAUGUCACCUCAAACCCCGACCAAGUCCAGCAACGAGUCCUUUCAGAAAUCCUCACACAAAAUGCCAACGUCGAAUACCUCAACCGCCAUGGUUUUUCCGGUCAGACUGACCGUGAUACCUUCAAGAAACUUAUACCUGUCAUCACCUACGAAGACCUCCAGCCUGAUAUCACCCGCAUCGCCAAUGGCGACAAGACCCCAAUUCUCUCCUCUCACCCCAUUUCUGAAUUCUUAACAAGCUCUGGAACAUCUGGAGGAGAGAGAAAAUUGAUGCCCACCAUUGAAGACGAGCUUGAUAGAAGGUCAUUACUCUACAGUCUUCUGAUGCCUGUGAUGAACCAGUUUGUCCCCGGUUUAGAUAAAGGCAAAGGGAUGUAUUUCUUGUUUAUCAAAUCAGAAGCCAAGACUCCAGGUGGGCUUGUAGCCCGACCCGUUUUAACCAGUUACUACAAAAGUUCCCAUUUCAAACAAAGACCUUACGACCCUUACACAAACUACACCAGCCCUAAUGAAACCAUUCUUUGCUCUGAUUCCUACCAAAGCAUGUAUUCCCAGAUGCUUUGCGGACUUUGUCUUCACAACGAAGUUCUUCGGGUCGGGGCAGUUUUUGCUUCCGGGUUCAUCCGGGCAAUAAGAUUCUUGGAAAAAAAUUGGACCUUUUUGUGUCAUGAUAUCAAAACUGGAACCUUGAACCCCACCAUUACUGACCCUUCCGUUCGUGAAGCUGUGAUGAGGGUCUUGAAACCCGACCCCAAAUUAUCCGACUUUAUCGAGUUUGAAUGCUCCAAGAAAUCAUGGCAGGGGAUCAUAACGAGGCUAUGGCCGAACACCAAGUAUAUUGAUGUCAUAGUUACAGGAACUAUGUCACAAUACAUACCCACUCUUGAUUACUAUGGCAAUGGUCUCCCUCUUGUUUGCACAAUGUAUGCUUCAUCGGAAUGUUAUUUCGGUGUCAACCUCAACCCUCUUUGUAAACCUAGUGAAGUGUCCUACACCCUUAUUCCGACCAUGGCUUAUUUCGAGUUCCUUCCUGUUCAUCGUAACAAUGGAGUCACUAGUUCAAUCUCGAUGCCAAAAUCACUCAACGAGAAAGAACAACAAGAAUUGGUCGAUCUUUCGGACGUGAAGCUCGGUCAGGAAUACGAGCUUGUGGUUACCACUUACGCUGGUCUUUAUAGGUAUAGAGUUGGUGAUGUGUUGAGAGUUGCAGGAUUCAAGAACAAAUCCCCUCAGUUUAACUUUAUAUGCCGGAAGAACGUGGCGUUGAGCAUUGACUCCGACAAAACCGAUGAAGUCGAACUACACAAAGCAGUUGAAAACGCAGUGACCCAUUUGAUGCCGUUUGACGUGACCUUGACUGAGUACACAAGCUACGCAGACACAACGACCAUCCCAGGCCAUUACGUCAUCUUCUGGGAACUUAGCGUGAACAACGAGGCGACUCCAGUUCCACCAUCCGUCUUUGAAGACUGCUGUCUCGCCAUUGAAGAGUCGCUCAACAGUGUGUACAGACAGGGGAGGGCUUCGGAUAAAUCCAUCGGACCACUGGAGAUUAAGAUCGUGGAAAAUGGGACGUUUGAUAAGCUGAUGGACUACGCAAUCAGUUUAGGUGCUUCGAUCAACCAGUACAAGACCCCACGGUGUGUCAAGUUUGCACCAAUCAUCGAGCUGUUGAGCUCGAGGGUGGCGUCUAGUUACUUUAGCCCCAAGUGCCCGAAGUGGGUUCCGGGACACAAGCAGUGGGGGAACGUGUGUUAGUGUAGAGAAAUGAAUGUUAGCCAUGAGUCAUGUUACUUUGGUCGUUUGUUGUUGGAUUAGGCAAUGUACAUUAGAAAACAGUUUGAAGCUUCAUUGAAACUUCAUGAACUCCAUUGACUUUUCAUCUCAA